AUGUCCGGGGAUCCUCCCGAAUCUUCGGAAUGUUCUUGUUCGCGAAUUCUGCACUCGGGUUCUGGCCCAGACUUACCAGCCAACACUUCGAAGGCGUGGUUUGAUCACGGGAACCCGUUUAAAUCCUACGAGCCACUUGGAUCCGUUUCGAAUACCACCAAUUCGCAACGGCGGACAUCGUCCUUUAUCUUCCGAUGGACAGGGCAGCAUAACGAUAAACAAUCCAAUAAUACAUACGGCCACACGGAAUGGGACGCUUUGCUUGACAUCACAAAACAACUCAGUGGAGAUCAGACAAGUGUCUAUGAAGGAAACUUUCACGCUGGUGGUCGUCACAUUGUUCGCCGAAUCAAGCUCACAGAGCGGGGCGAGCUGUGGCUGGCACGCAUCCCAAUCAUAUGUGGUCCACCAGUCCCGGAACCUGACUCCAGCUGGUGGACGAGCGAGAAACAGUUUACAAUGGAAAGCGAGAUCGCAACCAUGAAGUUUAUUUCGCAGUCCACCGAUAUCCCCGUCCCGAGAGUGUUUGCCUACAACACAGGCCUAGAGAAAAACCCUGUCGGAUUGCCUUACCUAUUAAUGGAAUGCAUCGAAGGCAAUAUGCUCUAUGACCUUGGUGGCCCAAACGUUCUUACUGAAGAACAACGCAUCAAGUUACGCAAGUCGAUAGCGUCUAUACAGUGCAAACUAGCAAAUGCCACCUUGGACAAGCUUGGUUCUCUUGUAUUGAAAUCCAAUGGUGAUAUCGAUAUUGGCCCGCUCCCAGCUCAAUUUGGCUUCAAAGGACCUUUUGACUUAAUGGCGGACUAUUUCUUAGCUUGGACGACGCACAACGCAAGCUUCAAAAACAUACAUCAACUCAAGGACCCAAAAUUAAUUCGGGCCACCAAAUCCUUCCCGCAGCGACUGAAAUUAACGACCGAAACUCUUAUGGCCGCCAGAAGCUCCCGUACCUAUCCUAUUGUGCACCCCGAUUUUCUCAUGCAUAACCUCCUGUUAGAUGAUAGCUUCGAGGUUGUGGGAGUGAUUGAUUGGGAAUUUGCACAUACAGCCCCCAUUGAGGUUUUUGCAGCGCGGAUGAACAUGUACGCCUCGUUCAAUCCACAACAAGCGACCCUAGACUUGAAUGAAGAAGGGAAACAAUAUGUAGGAGAUGUUGCUUGCACGGAAAUGGGCAUGAGUGCGUCACCAAGACUUUCGGAAACUUUCGGAAGCAUACUUGGAGACAUUGGCUUGUUCACGAUAAAGCCCACCUACACUUUCAUUGGCGAAUAUGGCCACAUUUGGGACACGCGUCUCCUCGUUUAA